AUGCCCUCCCUCCGCAACAUCCUCCACAAACGCAACGAACUCAGCAAAGAACCAGAACCCAAAAAUGACCAACCAACAGCUCCCCGACCUCCCGAAUUCACACUCAUCCGCACAGACACACACACCCAAGAAAUCCUAACUCCCCCAGCAGACCCAACAACCCCAACCCUCCAAGAACCCGACACCAACACCCUCUCCCCCUCCCCACGACGAAGCUUCCAACUCUUCACGCGAUCACGAAACAACUCCGUCUCCUCGCCAUCCCCACCGCGCCGCGAACGCCGCCUCUCAAACCUGCUCCACCUCGACCACCGCAGUCGCAGUAACUCGCGCGACUCGUCUGCUAAUAUCCCAGCGGAUCUACCGCAGAUUCUGGAUGAUGGUGGCGCGAGUAAACAGGAGCGGGAGGCGCAGUGGGAGAAGAGGGCUACUGUGCUUGUUCAGCGGAAUCCGCAUUUUGGGACGUCUGGAUCUGAGUUGGCGGGGAGUGGGAGUUGGAAUGAGGAUGGGGAGGAGGAUUCGUUAGGGUUGGGUUUGGGGAUUGAGAAGACGGGAGCUAGGUUGAGGGGUUCGACUCAGAGUAGGAUUUCGGUUGGGCCGAGUGAAGAUGUUAAUAUUCAGGAGGCGAUCCGGCUGCAUGAAUCUGGAAAUCUUGAACGAUCAACACAGAUGUUUGGACAGCUUGCAGAUGCAAAUAACCCACUGAGUCAAGUUCUUUAUGGUCUUGCACUACGACAUGGAUGGGGCUGUCCCCAAGAUCCACCGCGUGCAGUAAAAUAUCUCUCCGCGGCUGCAUCCAACUCAGCCGCAGUAGAAGCAGAGGCCCUGCGUGCUGGUGUGAAAAAGGGCGGAUCCGCAAAAGGCGAGCUCGUACUAGCUAUGUUCGAGCUUGCCAAUUGCUUCCGCAAUGGGUGGGGUCUGGAAAAGGACCCUGCAGCUGCUAGGCAGUACUAUGAGACUGCAGCGAAUUUGGGUGACGCCGAUGCUAUGAAUGAAGUAGCCUGGUGUUACUUAGAAGGAUUUGGCGGGAAGAAGGACAAGUUCAAAGCAGCCAAGUAUCUUAGGCUUGCCGAGGAGAUUGCCGGCCCUACUGUUGGCAAUUCUUGGAUUUGGAAGGACAAAUAUAGUCCUAAAUGA